UAGUAGUUCUGACGUAGCGAGCGGUUUAACAUGGCUGCUGUGUUUGUAUCGUGCGUAGUAUUUUCUUCGUUCAGCAACAACAACGGUCCAACAGUCGAGUGACAGUUCGUGUGAAAUUGUGUAAGUUAAUUAAUCGUGUGGAGGAGUAGAUUUUGUGGGGAUUUGUCCUUUUAGUUUUGUAUAAUUUGUGUUUAGUAGUUUGCCGCGAUGUACCGUAUGAAUUUCUAUGAGAGCGUGUGCCUGCGGUGCAACCAAACGGUGUACCAGGUGGACAGAGUCGGGCCGCUCAAAGACUUUACGUUCUACCACUCGGGCUGCUUCAAGUGCUCCUACUGCGGCACCAAGCUCACGCUCAAGACAUACUACAACAACCAGCACGACCAGGAGGACAAGGAGGUCUACUGCUCGAGUCACGUGCCGAAGAUCGGACCCGGCCACCUGGACGGGUCGGCGGUCGGCAUCCGGUCGGCGCUCAAUGUGCCGCGGUCCACCAACUUCGUGAACGAGCAGAUCCGCGGCAGCGGCAAGGGCACUUUCGACGCCGAGGCCCUCAACAUCCGACCGCACCUGAACGGCAACUCACCCAACCACCCCGCCACCCAGCACCACAACCACUCCUCGGCUGCGACUCCCGGCCACAACUAUCACCACGAGCAUGGCUAUCAGUACGGCCGCUUUGACGCCAGUGCCCUCCAUAUUGCACACGCGCUCCGUGCCACCGAACUGCACAAGUCCUACAACAAGGCCAGGGAGAAACCCAUCGAAUACUAUCUGGACAAAGAUGAACAGACAAGACUGGAAAUGAAACACAGAAAAGAAGAAGAUGACCUCUACAGAAAAUUUGCUAGACACAGGGAAGAAGAGGAUAAACGAAUAAAAGACGAAUUUAGGGACGAAUGGGAGAAAGAGCUAGAGCGGCUAACGAGUAGGUUUGAACGCGAAUUGCAGACGAAAAGAAAAAGACCAGAAGACACGAAAGUGCUCACCAUGCGACUGCAGCAGGAGAGGAUCGACCUGGAGAAGAACAUGACCAUGCGACGAGACAAGAAGAAAGAUUCCCUUAUUAAAAAAUUACUAGAACACGAAAGGGCUGCAACAGCGGCACUAGUGGAGAAGCAGAGCCGAGAGAUGUUGGAGUUGAUCAACGAGAAGCGCAGUGAAUACAUGCAGGCGGAGAGCCUCUACCUGGACGACGGCGAUGCACUACAGGAGGCUCUCACCCCCUACCCCAGCCAGGCACCCCUGCCGGCCCCUCCCGCCCUCUCCAAGUUCCAGAUCUAUAACGACCCUGUCGAGUUUGCGCAUGUCGACCAGAUUGCCAUCUCGGUGGCGCAAGAAGACCAGAAGACGUUCACAGAUCUGGUGCGGCAGCUGGUGGGCAGAUGUGGCUCUGAUAUCGAAAAGGCCAGAACGAUAUUUCGUUGGAUAACAGUGAAAAACUUGAAUACAAUGACAUUUGAUGAAGAUCUCCGAGGUGAUACACCCAUGGGUCUUCUAAGAGGAAUCAAGCAUGGCACUGAAAGUUAUCACGUUCUAUUCAAAAGACUUUGCAGUUACGCUGGCCUGCACUGUGUGGUGAUCAAGGGCUACUCCAAGUCGGCUGGCUACCAGCCGGGGGUGCGCUUCGAAGACAAUCGGUUCCGCAACUCGUGGAAUGCCGUCUACGUGGCGGGCGCCUGGCGAUUCGUGCAGUGCAACUGGGGUGCGCGCCAUCUCGUCAACGCCAAGGAAGUACCCAAAGUCGGCAGCAAAGCUGGCAAAUCCGACAGUUUGAGAUAUGAAUACGACGACCAUUACUUCUUAACGGAUCCACGAGAAUUCAUUUAUGAAUUCUUUCCACUUUCUUCUGAUUGGCAACUGCUGAAAGCACCAAUCACGCUACAAGAUUUCGAGGAACUACCUUUCGUGCGAUCACUAUUCUUCCGCUAUGGCCUCUACUUUCCAGACUCCCAUACCAAAGCAGUCAUGUACACAGAUGCUACAGGAGCGGCAACAGUUAGGAUAGCAAUGCCCACAAACAUGCAGUCUAGUUUAAUAUUCCAUUACAACCUCAAAUUCUAUGACAAUGAUGGAGAUUCUUAUGAUGGUGUCAGUUUGAAACGCUUUGUUAUGCAGUCAGUAGUGAGCAACAUAGUGGCAUUCAGAGUGCACGCGCCCAGCAGUGGUGCAUUCCUGCUGGACAUAUUCGCGAACGCGGUCACACCCAAGGAGUACCUGACCGGCGAGCCAAUGAAGUUCAAGUCGGUCUGCAAGUUCAAGAUCGCCUGCGAGGAGCUGCAGACUGUGAUGGUGCCUCUGCCUGACUGUGCCAGCGGUGAGUGGGGUCCCACCAAGGCCACACGUCUCUUCGGCCUCAUACCCAUCACACACCAGGAUGCCCUGAUCUUUGCCGGCCGAGAAUUAGAACUUCAGUUCCGAAUGUCGCGCCCUCUCACCGACUUUAUGGCGACACUGCACAAGAAUGGAGUCGAGGAGAAGCGGCUGUCCAAGUAUGUGUCACACAUCGUCUCCAACGAUGACGUGGUCACUUUCGAGAUUACCUUCCCCGAGGAGGGUCAGUACGGUCUCGACAUCUACACACGUGAGCUGCCUGUGAACAGUGUCGAGAGCAACGGCGAGAAGCACUUGCUCACGCACUGCUGCAAGUACCUCAUCAAUAGCUCCAAAAGGAAUUGAGUACAACUAGUUAGGUGAAAUAGUGCAAUAGGCCUACUCCCUUCUCUGUGACCUGUGACAGUAACACCUACCUCAAGCUCUCUGGGAAGAGGUACCGCACGAUCACCACACGCUUUAAAUAAUUAUAGAACAUUAUAUACUAUACACAUAUAUUUUAUGCAGCAGAACAAUUUGUACAGUUUUGUCUGUCCUAUUGCGGUGCCGCUUCCAAAGAAGAGUCCGAGAGUUCAAAUGAAAAUUACUGCAAUAUUUUUGUUGAUGAACUACUGAAAUACUGCAGUAUUGGUUUUGUGUGAUUUCACAUAAACUGAAUAAUUUACAAGGUUAAACGAGUAUUAUGAUAUCAUUGAUAAAUUAAUGUAUUUUGAUACAUAAAUUUGAGAAAUUAAAUUGAUAAUGUAGAUAUUGAUCAAUCUAUCAAAUCAACUGAGAUACUGUAGCAUUAUUAAUUUUGUUUUAUUCCACACACAAUUGAUUUACAUUUAUUCGAUAAAUGAUAUUUGGUUAUAUAAGUGACAUUGAAGUACUGUAUGUAUAUCAUGAAAGUACAAUAUAAUGCUGAAGUUUUCUUUUCCAAAAACUAAUAAAAUCAAUGUACAUUCCUGAAUUUUAAUACAAAUAAACCUAAUAAUCACUGUAAGUUGUUAUUCUAGCUUGGAAAUUUGAAACUGUAAAAAUGUAUGAUACAGCUUAUUGUGUUACUUGAAAUUCCAGCAGGAAAAAUAGGCCCGCUGAGUGUGAAUUAAAAAACAAGUUUGCUAAGCCUAUUAUACUUCUUUAAUAAUUUUUCAAGUCGCUACGUUUGAAAAUACAUUUAUUUAUACUCAGAUUUAAAUAAGUAUGCACCUUUUUAUACACACUUUUUCUUAGAUAGUUGGUAUUUCAAGUUUAAUCAAAUCUCAUGAGAAAAUCAAGAUGCUAAUAAUAAUUUCUACCUCAAAUUUACCAAGCUGAAUUUACUUAUUUUCAGUGAAUCAGCAAUAUUGUUCUGGAAGAUAGAAAAAACCGUUUAUAACAUCUGAAAACCAAGAAAUGAAUUUUAUAGUUUUUCAAAGUUGAGAAAACUUUAAAACCUUUCCUAUUCUUCAGAAUGUAACAAUUGACUCUCAAUGUCACAGCUGAAUGCGGAAAUACUGAUUUUACAUCAAGGUCAUUUUCAAGGAAUGAAAAAGAGAUUAAAUAAAAAAUAUGAAUAUUGAAAUGGAUGUACAAUUUUAUUUAAAAUAUUAUAAAAAGUUUCUAGUCAUGACAAAUUGAUUCUGUUCCAAAAAUAAGAAUCUCAAGCUCUUUACCAAUAAAAUUGCACUACAGAAAUGGCAACCCUUAUUAUAAUACAUUCCUUCCAAUUUUUUUACCUAUGCUCAAGAAAACACUUCUUGAAUUCACGAUUUCAAACAUAUUGUUAAUUACGAAUUAUUAUUAUUAUAAUUACACUAGGAGAAUUAAUAAAGUAGAAGAAUAAUACUCGAAAUAUGGAAUAGUGUACAUAAUAAAUUGUAUACUAAUUGAAAUUACAAAUGAGUGCAGUACAUGUCUGCUAAGCCAUUCUUGAUUCCUGACACGUAAAAACUGACUAAUAUUUUCAUUUAUUCAAUCUUUGAAGAGUGUUUGAUUAUUUAUAAUGACAUUUCCUAUGACAUAAUAUGCAUUUAUUAUUUUAUUUAAUCCCAGUAUCCUACAUAAAUAGCUUGCUAUAGCUGUAACUUCGUACAAGCCUACGUAUAGACUCAAAUAUAUAUUUUGUAUUCAACUCAGCUCCCAG